AUGAUUCUACUGUACUAUCCCUUUCGCCCCCCUAAAGUACGUACACAGGUGGCCCUCUCUAGCACUGACCUCUGCGGCUCGGGGCGUGAUUCUAGUCAAGAGGGUAACUACGGACCGGUGGCGUGGUGUGUUCUGGGAGGAUUGGCAUCCUGGUUCAUGUAUCCAUGUGUUGAUGUCUGUGCCUACUGCGACAUUUCUGCCUUCCGCCCUGGUCAGAAAGGCAUGGGCGGUAUCGGAGGGGGUACUAAAUAUACUAGGUUGUAUGGAUGCAUCUUGCGUGGACUACGACUGCCCGGACGGAUGGAGGGUGGGAUGGUCGUAUCAGAAGAUGGGUUUGAGAUACCCCUGCAGUCUGGUGCUUUGCAUGAGAACCGCUUCAUAUUCAAUGUAAAGAUCAAAAUGCACGUUGAUUCAGCGUUAUGUAUCCCCGUAGACCGGGACACUGCUCAUCGAGCCAUGUAG